CGCGGUACGUAAAGCUGGCGUUGUCUCUAUGGCUGCGGAGGACGCGGAGAGAAAGACAGCUCGAUGUAUCACAAAGAAAAGAGCAUCCAGAUCAAAAACAGCGCCUCGGCGCUGUACAACAACCUCGGCGUGCUGCGCAUCGCCCCGCGGCGCCUCACCUACUUCACGGUGGUCCACGCCAACGUGGUCAACAUGGUCAGCGCCUCGUGGGACGGCCUCAACUAUUCCCACCGUCAGCUGCAGUCCAAGGAGCCAAAUGUUGCCACGAGCACAUCGCUCAUCAUGCAGGCUGCGUUUUGCGUUCUGCCCUCUCGUGAUCUGCUGGUGGUGACCUCUCAGAAAGGCAUCCAGAUGUAUGAAUCCGAUGGGUCCAUCAUGGUGUACUGGCAUGCACUUGAUACUCCUGAAACACCUACAGCUCAGGCCGUGUUUGCUCGGGGGAUAUCAGCAGUGUGGGAAAAUUAUAUAUGCGUGGGUGUUUCAUCUGGUGCUAUUCUAGUAUUUGAUGUUCCCAGUAAAGGCAGCAAUAUCACGCUGUCUGAGGUGCUGGAGGAACACAAGGAGUCCAUCACUGACAUGGCCUCGGAGUGCUCUGGCAGCCAGGAGUGCAUAGCUGAUCUGGUCAGUGCAGACGAUGGGGGCAACCUGUGUGUUUGGAAGUCUGGGGAGGAAUUUCAGCUGCUCAACAAGAUCCCUGGCUUUGAUAUGAGCUGCUCAUCUGUCAAGUUGUGGAAAGGCACAGUGGUGGCAGGUUACGGCACAGGCCAGAUCCGUCUGUAUGAGGCAGUGACGGGAAUUCUGCAUGCUGAAGUCAACGCCCACGCUCGCUGGAUUUACUCACUGGACAUUGCUCCUUUUUCUGGACUGCUUUUAUCUGCUGCUGAGGACUCUCUAGUCAGGGUGUGGCACUUGACAAUGACCCCAGAGACGAACAAUGUGGAGAUUGCCCAUUUGCACAACGAGUGUGUGACAGACACACAAAUCUGUGGCGCCAAGUUCUGUGACGGCGACGGUUAUGCCUUCGCAGUGACGGGCUACGACCUGAGUGAGAUUAUCCGUUACACACAGACGUAGGACUCUACUUUCAUUGAGGCCAAGUUUUUAAUUGUGAAAUCUGAAUAUGUCUGGAAAGGUAUGAUGACCCAGAGAGAGGAAAAAAAGGAGCCAGGUUAGGAUCAGGUUGAGAUUCUGCAAAAACAUGGGAUAUUUAAUGUAAUCUUAUAAUAUGGGAGAAGCAACGUUUCAUGGCAUGUCUGUCUCCAUAUCUGCAAAGGGUAGAAGGAGAUUAGCAUAUAACAGCAUAAUGUAAAGUAACGCGCUAAAAUUUCUAUAAAUAUUUUAAGUACAAAUAUUUAUAUGUACGUGAAUGUAGCUUUUUAAAAGUAAUAAAGUAUUCUGUUAUUCUUUCUGACAUAAUCAUCGUGGUC